CCAGCUAGCGCAACGAAUGCUGAAAGGACCAGUUAAGACUCAAAUGAAGGAACCGGCAAAAGAUUUGCCAUACUUCAUGAAGUUCCUGCAAGAGAUGAAGAAGGCCAUGGCUGAUGACGACAAUAUAUUCGCUGCUGAUGUGGAUCAUAGCAGGGUGUUGCAGGCUGUGAUUACCAUUAUGGACGUUGCCUCCAUCCCCUCCUCUGUUCAGGCAAGCGGUGAGUUUUUGGGCAAGUCUGACCAUUGGUUGGCACAGGCACUCAAGCUUGACAAGGGGAAGAAAGCUGUGCAAUUGGCUCUAGAGAAUGCUACAAACCGCGAACAGCAGAACGGCAUCUUGGAAAAGAUCUCCAAAGCGCAAUCUGAUUUGGAAGAGCAAGCCGUCACAGAGGUAGAUCAGCUGACAAUGACCCUGGACAAUACCUAUGGCAAAAUGCUCGCUGAUGCACUCAAGGUUGCCAAAGAUCCAGACACCAAGAAUUUGAAGGGCUCUGACAAAGAACAUCUGAAGACUCUUCUGGCUACAUUGGAUGAUUCCAUUUGGGUGGCAAUCCAUGCGAGCAUGUCAGAUGACCUUGUGGAGCCUUUGCAGAGUGUGACGGCUUCUUGGAAGAUCUCUCUGAAUGUUUGGCAAAUGCUGGCAAAGCUGCCAAUGGUCCGCCUGAAGUUUGUUGCCGAAAAGCUGUUCACCUCAGAGGAGAAGCGUCUCGUGGAUUCCGAUGCUUUGGCAGAGUUCAAGAACAACAUGGACAACUCCUAUCGCUUGUCAAGUGUCAUGGGUGAUGAUGGCACUUUUGUUCGCAGAGGCUUGAACAUUGUGGACCUCAUCGUCACGGGCAACCAGUGCUUCUGCAAUCCACGUUUGUGUGGUGCUAGUGGUGACGAAGUAGUCUUGGAUCCUGCUGAGGUGACAGCAAUUGGGAAGAUCAAUCUUCAGAAUGGAGGCGAUGAUGCUGACGCCAAAGCCAUUCUGAUCAAAUUCUUUGAGGUAUUGCCCAAGAUGCAAGAGGUGGAUUCCAAGGAGCCGCUCGACCAAGCCAUUGCUUUUUGGACAUGGCUGGUUGAUCAAUCCAAACAGUUCAACAUGAUCAUGCAGGCUGGCAUCACACAUGACCUCAAGCUCAUCAACAUUCCAGAGCUUGCUGUCCCUGAUGAGCUCAAAUUGCCUGCUGAUUUGAACGAGCUGGUGAAACUGGCAGGGAAGGUGGGAGCGACAUUCAACAACAAGUUGAACAAGGCAGUGGUUGAUACCACUGUGGCAUUGGAAAAAUGCAUGGAUAACAUCAAGGAUACUUCGAAGAGCCUGCAAGUCACAACCGACUUCUUGUGUGCUGGAUUUUGCAGUGACUUCAAG